GAACACAGCCCUGGAGCCGGGGCUCGGCGUGACCUAAGAUGGCUGCGCCCUGCGCGUUCGAGCCCUGGCUGGAGGGGCGCCUGGAGGCCCUGGGUCUUGACGGGGACGUCUACGGGGGAUACAUCCGAGGCGUCUUGAGGGAAGCCGAGUGCGACGCCGAGCGGCUGGAAGGGCUGACGGGGGCGCUGGCGGCGGGGGAACCGGUGAGAGUGGGGAACGCUUCAGAAUUGGCCCUGGCCGGCACCCGUAGCCGAGUCCUUGUUUUCCUGCCCUGCGUUGCAGCACGAAGGCCCUCAGGCUGGGAUCAAACAUCCUUGUUCUGUUCCUUUCCUUCUCCAGAUGAGGUGCAAGCCAUUGCCAGCAUCAUUGAAAAGCAGGCACAGAUUGUGGUGAAGCCAAAGGAGGUUUCCAAGGAAGACACACUGCAGAAGGCUGCCCUCUUGGCACAAUAUGCCAAUGUGACUGAUGAGGAAGAUGAAUUAGAUGCUCAAGAUGAUCCUGGAGCAGCGGCAGUGCUUGUCAGCUCUGAAAAAACUUUGUUCAAAAACACCAACCUAGAAGACUUGGUGAAUGCCCGGAAAUUAGAAAGGGAGCACCAGCGGGAUGAGUCACAGCGUAAGAAAGAACAAGAUAAACUCCAGCGGGAGAAGGACAAAUUGACAAAGCAAGAGCGCAAGGAGAAAGAGAAGAAGAGGACACAAAAAGGCGAGAGAAAGCGGUAGCCAGGGAGUGUAGCUGGACCCUUCUCCUCCCUCAUCUAAGAUAUGGCACAGCAUGCAGACACACAGAUUGCUCAGCAGAAGGAAUCUUUUUUUUUUAAUCCUUCAGCAGUAUGACAUAGACAAGGAUUGGGGGAGAGCAUGAAGGGUGAAUCCUCUUUACCGUUCCCCUGAAAGAAAACAGUGCUGUACCCUUUUAUUGUCCAAAUAUUGGACUGAGUAAUUGUGGCCAACCUCUGUAACCAAAGAACUGUGUGGUAGUUCUUUUCCCUCCCACCUUCCCUACUUUUUUUGACACUUUCUACCUUUAUUAACCACUUAAGGGGAAGUUGUCAUAUGUCUGAGUAUAUAAAUUCUACCCAAAGGUUGCUUUUGGUUGGAGAUGUUGUUAGAGAAAAAUAUGGUUUCUCAUAUAUGCAAGGUACAGGAAGGAAGCACCCUUUGACAAAGCUUAUGAAGAUGAACUAAGUGCACCACACACUUCACCUUCCACAGCUAAAAUUGACCCCAGAGUUACUGCUGCUUGUUGGGAUUGGCCUAAUGCAUCUCUGUGUACUCUCUGCAAGGCUGUGUUGUUGCCAUUUAAGUAAAGUUCUGUGAAUUUAA